CCAAACUUCCAUGCACAUUUCUUAGCAAUUGAACAAGCUUUCUACAGUGCUUUUUCCUAACAGAUUAGACGUCUAAAAGUACAAACAUGAGGGUGGCAAUAUUCGUCUCUGUUAUGUUACUCGUGUGUUGUCUUUCCACGGACGCUUGGUGGGGAAGACGUAGACGACAUUCUCGCAGGACGGUUAGCGCAAACGUGAGUGUAAAGAAUGGACAACCAACGCUAGAAGGAAGUUGGACACACAAGGGAGAUAAAUGGGAAAGCUCAGUGACAGGAAGUAUCGAUCCCUCAGGAAAUUGGAAUAUUGGAAUUGGUGCCACAUGGCAUUUCAAAAAAAGGAGUGUUGAAUCACAAGAGCACCAUUACAACGUCACACUACAAACUGAUCCAUGUAAUUUCAAGACAUAUGACGACGACCGUAACGAGGAAAUAACUAAAGAGGAAUUCUACGAUGUAUUCGGGCAAAACGAAAUGACUGAUGCUCUAUUCGAUGACCUAGAUUACCCAACUGCUGAUGGCGUUAUAGAAAUUGAAGAAUUCUACGAACGGGCACCUGUGACAAUUACUGCCUGUGUGGACGAUGGUGACGAAUAGAAACAUCUUCUAAAUGCGCGGACAAUUUGUGGUUUCUGAAUAAUGUAUAAUGAACAUUUUUACGAUAUAAAAAUAUGUAGAUAUACUCACAUUAUUUUAUUAGCUUAAAGUAUUUAGGUGUUUUUUCUUUUUCCUUACAUAAGAAUUACAUAGAUACAAAACAUUAAUUUGCAUAGCGUUAGCGAAAGAUCAACCACAAUAAUGAAAAUAGGUCCGCAAAGUUUGGGAGUUUAUAAAAAACGAGCUACUUCAUAUCCGCAUCAAAUGAUUUUUAGAGAUCUUGUAUGUGUAUUGUUGAAAGAAAUUCGUCAUAUUACUACUUCUUAACUAAAACAAUUGUGUAAUAAAAUCAUAAAGAAAUUUCUUUGUUUGAGAUUAUACCUGCGUCGAAAACCCAUUACCCAAUAAAGUUGGUCAGAAUUUCUACUUACAACAGACCGUGCUUUUCAUCAAUUGGUAAAAAAUAGGAUCUUUAACAUAUAUAAAUUUUAUAUAUACUUAUAUAAAAGGAUUUAUGUAUUUGUUUUCCAUUUGUAUUUUCUAUUAAAGUUUCUGUGUUUUAUGAUUCAAUUAAGUGUAUGACGCAUGCAAUAGAAUGUAGCAUCGUGGUUAGAUAAUUAAUUAAAGCCAAUGAGAAUUUCCCCGUACGGCUAGCUUGUGUACCAUCCAGGGUGCUGUGUGGUGGUUUCUUAUCGCCUGGAUAUAGAUAACUCCUAUUUUCGUACACUUUAAUGUAACUUUGUUUUCCGGUAUUUUGUAAAUAAAUACCCUAUAUUCAAUUCAUCAGUAGUUGAGUUUUCUAUACAAAGUGAUACACAAGCUUUCCUUUAGGGAAAUAAUGAGACAUAAAUAAAUUUUAUAUAUACUUAUAUACGGUAAAAGGAUUUAUGUAUUUGUUUUCCAUUUGUAUUUUCUAUUAAAGUUUCUAUGUUUAAUGAUUCAAUUAAGUUUAUGACGCAUGCAAUAGAAGGUAGCAUCGUGGUUAGAUAAUUAAUUAGAGUUAAUGAGAAUCGAGAUCCCUAGUCACGUGAUGCGAUUAAACCAAUCGCCGUCUAGGAAAUCAUUCUUGUUUUGGAUGCGGAAAGGAUCAGUUCAUGUAUAUUUUCUCUUAACAGCCUCCACCUUCCCCAACCUCCUUCAUAUCUUAGGUUCCUGUAGACGUUCAACAUUAUUGUCGGUUUUUGUUUAGCUCUAGUUUCUUGUCGCUUGUAUUAUACAAAUAUGUCUUUGGAUAUAUGUAUUUUUAGUGUUAGUAACCUUCUAAUUGUGUUUGUAGUGUGUGGCGGCGGUUUCUUAUCGCCUGGAUAUAGAUAACUCUUAUUUUUCUUACACUUUAAUGUAACUUUGUUUUCCGGU